AUGUCACUUAAUAGUAGGUUAGAUAAAGAUUUAAGUGAUGAAGAGUCUCAAAAUUUAAUAACUCCUGAAUUCUUAAAUGAACUAAUUGUAGAAGAUUAUUCACAAGUCCGCCUAGGACCAUCAGUAGCCUUAGUUAUGUCAUGUAUAACGAAAGGUUUCAUAGAUGAUGUAAUUCAGAAAUCUUACGAAAUUGCAUUACACCAAGGACGUGGUCAGAUACUAUCUGAUGAUAUCUUAUUAUAUUUAAAAAGGAAAUAUCCAGAUUCUGGUCUUGCUGAACUUUGUGAACUAAAUGACAUAUCUAGUGAGGGGGGUGCAAUAAGAAAUAUCCAGCAGUUCAACUCUGAUAGAUUAAGGAAGAUGGCUGCAGUUAGAAGAAAAAUGAAAGAAGUGAAAUCUAAGCAUAGAAUUGGCCAAAGGCUAAAACAAAUUGAAAUUGGAAAGAAUAGUCGAGGAUAUGAACGAUAUUCUAGAGCAGUAAGACAUGAUAAAAGAAAACGUCAUUUGAACUCAAGUUGGCAUCCAACUACACCAGAUGUAUAUGCUAAUAUAAGUAAAUCAUGCUUUUCUGGACGUCUGAGAGAGUGGAAGUUGCGAUUACAUCUUUGGGGUAAUCUUAGUGAAGAUGAAUAUAAAGCAAUACUAAAUGAUAAUAUGGAAUUACCUCCUUUAUUAAAUUCUCAUUUAGAUCAGAAUAUAAAUAUUCAAAAUUUAAGUAAUAAAUAUUUUGCAAAAUCUGAGAAUACUUCUUAUUCAGAAUUAUCUGAUUUUCAAAAAGAUAGGUAUGAAAUUCCAGCAUAUAAUACUUCAGAAAUGAUAAAAUAUAAUAUCCCUUAUACUUUACAAUCAUCAGACAAAUCAAAAUAUUCGGAUUUACAAAUAUUAUCAACAUCAAAUGAUCUGUCAAAUGAUAAUAUUAAGCAAUCUUCCAAUAAUAAUUGUUCUACAUUAUCUAUAUCUCCAAUAGGUAAUUCACAAGUUAGUGCACUUUUAAGAUGUGUUCGUAAAACAUCUGAUGAACUAAAAUCUAUAGAAGAAUCUGGAAUAAAAUCUAACUACUUAUCUAGGGAAAUCGUUCUACCAUACCCUAAAGAUUUAAACUCUAAUUUGAAAAUAGGAGAAUCUUCUAAUAAGAUAACUAUUUUUAUUCCAGAAACGUAUAGAGGUUCUCAAAUUUGGAGAUCCUGCAAUUUUAUUAGACAAUGUGAUAUGGUAUACUGGUUUUAUAAAAAUAAGAAUAUAUUUGAAAAUCUAGAUAUACCAUUUGACAAAUUUGUAACAAGAUAUGGAAUCAAAGAAAAUGACUUACUUAUUAAUAACAAUUAUACAUCUAUAGAUCAAAAAAACUUAGUAUUUGGAAGAUCUUACACUGAUUUAUUCCGUCUUGUUAAUAGACCAGAUGAUAUUAAACAUACCUCUUUAAAACCAAUAGAAUUUGCAAUUUUUCCAAUAAAAAAAAGAGAAUAUUAUACAGACGUUGACUUUAACCUAUGUUAUUACCCUGCUGCAGCCAUUUUUUGGCAAAUUAGCAAGAGAUCAAAAUCUACAAUGGAUGAGAAUGAAAUUUGA